AUGCCAAUGUGGGUGAGAGCCACGUUAGAUCUUUCCCAGUUCAUCUUCUCCACAGGCGGCGAGCUGCGGAUUGACACUUUGAUGCCGAAGUGGCAAAAGCACAAACAGCGGCUGCAGGGGCAUGGACUUGAAUACCGCGAGCGUUUGCGCCGACGACGCAGCGCGCAUGAAGAGAACUGGGCCGCCUGGCAAACAGGCCGCCGGCGCCUGGAUGCGAAGGUCUUCGUGUCCCGGGCGCAGUUUCUGAAAGAUCCUGGCCGGCAUCAACUUGGGGCCUUCCAUGUCUACCAGGAGCUGUCAGUGGUCACUGCCGCUCUGCAACAGGAGAGGAGGAGAAGGUGCAACGAACUGGUGGAGUUCUUACCCGUGAAGUGGCUACACAUGGGUUCUGGACAAGAUGUACUGAGUCUAGGCCAAGUGCAGACCUUCCAACGCAGCGGCGUGCUGCAGGAAGAUGAGCUACACCACCUGGAAGCGGCCUUGAUGCUGCUGAUGCGUCUGAUUUCAGCGCUGGCGUCCUAUUUGGAUGUGACGUUGCCCUUCCCAUGCAGCGGUGGCCGAGGAUUACGUGAGGUCUCCUCAGCCGUGGAAGCGGCGACGGCCGCUUCAGGCGUGCGCGAACGACAUCGGAGGAGCUCGACGAAAGGCCUGGCCUAUUUAGCCCGUCCCCGUGCGCCCGCGGGUGCCCCGCAAUGGGUGCUUCCCUGCGUGCA